UCCGGGUUCAAAGUUCUUCUGGAGGUCCUCGCGGCGCGGCGUCUUCACUACAAGAUUAGAGACACUGCAGCAGUAACACGUCACUUUCUCCCUCAUUUUGCUGUUAUUCACUCCAAAAGAUGUCAGGCAGGGAAGGAGGCAAAAAGAAACCCCUGAAGGCUCCCAAAAAGCAGAGCAAGGACUUGGAUGACGAUGAAGUUGCCUUCAAGCAGAAGCAGAAGGAGGAGCAGAAGGCCUUGGACAUGCUGAAGGCCAAAGCUUCUGGGAAAGGACCACUCGGUAGCGGCGGCAUCAAGAAAUCAGGCAAGAAAUGAAGCCUCCUGAUGAUUUGCGGCUCUACUUCAUGCCACUGCAGCGUGGCCGGUUUGUUUUGCUCCGAUUGAAGUGUUGUUUGUUUGUUUCUUACCUGGCAAUUGCCAGAGGCAGUGUUAACUAACUGGAGUGAGUUUACAGCUUGCAACGCCAGGUUCUUACAGUGAUAUUUUCUUGGCCUAAACACUUGUAGUCAUAAACACUGACCAAUCAUGUUCAAAUCAAAGGUCAGUCGCUGUCCAAAUUGAGAAUUGCUGCAAAAAAAACCCACAAAUGUUUUUGUUUUUUUUAUGACAUUUUAAAUGGGGGAGAAACCAGUAAAAAUGUUUUGAAAUCA